AUGUCCGGCUCGAUUCCUGUGUUCGGGCACCUUCUCAAGCUAGGCGAAGACCACGCGUCAACAUGCGAAAACUGGUGGCGGCAAGGAAACCCCUCCGUUUUCCAGAUCAAACUCGGCAACACCAGGGCCGUAGUCUUCAACUCCUUCGAGGACAUCCGCCAACUCCUCAUCGGCCACCAGAACGCCGUCAUUGAUCGGCCCAAGCUAUACACCUUUCACGGCCUCAUCAGCUCUACUCAAGGCUUCACCAUCGGCUCUUCCCCUUGGGAUGACUCCUGCCGGAAGAAGCGCAAAGCCGCGGGCACCGCCCUCAGUCGCCCGGCGCUGCGAAACUACUACCCCAUGUUCGAUCUCGAGAGCUACUGCAUCCUCCGCGACCUGCACAAGGACUCCCGCAACGGCGAGCUCGAGAUCAGUGUCCGACCUUACAUCCAGCGCUACGCCCUCAACACGACCCUCACUCUCUGCUACGGCAUCCGCAUGGACGCCGUCUACGAUGACCUCCUCCGCGAGAUCUUGCAUGUCGGCUCGGCCAUCUCUCUGCUCCGCAGCGCGUCCGAGAACACGCAAGACUACGUUCCGAUCAUGCGCUACUUCCCCAACAACGAGAAAAGCCGCCGCUCCAAAGAGCUCCGCGAGCGUCGCGAUGCGUAUCUCAACCAUCUCCUCGACAAGGUCCGCUCCAUGAUCGAGCGCGGCACCGACAAGCCUUGCAUCUCGGCUGCGAUUCUGAAGAAUGAGGAGACGAAGCUCACGGGCGUUGAAGUGUCCUCCAUCUGCUUGUCACUUGUAUCUGGCGGUUUUGAGACGAUCCCCGGAACUCUGACGUCGACCAUCGGGUCGCUUUCGACGGAAGAGGGACAAUUGUGGCAGGACCGCGCCUACGAGGAUAUCAAAAGGCACUACCCAAACAUACAAGACGCAUGGAAUGCCUGCUAUACCGAGGAGAAGGUUCCGUACGUCAACGCAAUCAUCAGGGAAGCCGGAAGGUACUACACCGUCAGCUCAAUGAGUCUGCCGCGGAAGACUGUAACGGAGGUUAACUGGAACGGCGCUGUCAUUCCGCCCAAGACAAUGAUACUCGUCAACGCUCAAGCUGGCAAUCAUGAUAGGAACUACUUCGGUGAAGAUGCCGGCAAAUUCGAUCCGGAGAGGUGGCUCUCCUCAGUCAACCCGCCCACUGACACGAAUGUCUCCGGCGUGGGCCAUCUGAGUUUUGGGCUUGGCUCUCGCGGUUGCUCAGGCCAGUAUAUCGCCCAGCGCUUGUUAUACGCCGCUUUGGUUCGCCUGCUGUCCUCGUACAAAAUCGUAGCCAGCGAGGAAGAGCCUCCCAACACCGACUACGUCGAGUACAACCAGUUCAAAACGGCGCUCGUGGCGAUCCCCAAGGACUUUAAGGUCAAGCUCAUCCCCCGAGACACAGCCGUUACCGAGGAAUGUCUCAAAGCCGCCGAGAAAAGGACCAAGGAGCAUUACGUAGAGUAA